AUGGCAGCCAAAGCACCAGACUAUCAACCAGUGAAGAGGAGGGGACACUCCACUGUACGGGUAGGAGACUACCUGUACAUGUGGGGUGGGGACCAGCCUGAUCUCCCUGAAGUGCAUGAUAAUGAAAAGAAGAAAUCAAUGUGUUCUGUGAUGGAGGUGUGUCACCUAAGGACUGGUAGGUGGGAGCAGAAACCCACCACUGGUAACCCUCCACUGGGUGUUAGGGGCUAUGCAGCUGCUGCCAUUGGAAGGGAAAUAUUUUAUUUCGGAGGAUAUUGUAAUCAUGAUGUCUGUUAUCAUAAUAGUUUAUACAGUUUUAAUGUUGAUACCUUCAAAUGGAAGGAACUCUCUCCUACUACAUCUCAUCAUGGUCCUAUGAUGAAGCACCACUGUGACAUGAUAGCAAUAAAAGUGAACGGUGAGGACUAUCUUGUAGUAAUUGGAGGAUAUGGACCAUCUUCUAAUAAUAUACCCAAACAACCUGGUGCCCAGUACAGUGAAGGAUUAAUUCCUGGCAAUCAACAAUGUAAUGAGAUCCAUUUCUAUAAACUCUCAACAGACUGGUUGCAUUGAGAAUUGCUUGCUUGUUUGUUCAUGGUUGUCACUCCUAAUUAUUUGAUAAUAUGAUCAAAGAAAUAUCAACUAGUUUGCUCCACCC